AUGGGUUGGGCAGGACCAGGAUUUGGCUGCGGAGCUCCCUAUGGUGCCCCCUACGGCCCGGGACCUAUGAUCGCCCCUGAAUUUACACCUUUAGGACCAGCUACUCUACCUUCAUCUAACGGUGGUGGUUUUAUGGUAUCGAGUAUAUCUCCCAUCGCUCCUAUGGGUGUGUCAGUUAUUUCUGACAACGAAUACACAGGUCCAUUGGCUGUUGGAGGUCAACUCCCUUUCUUAGGCACAGUAGAAUUGGAAGGCGCUCUCCCAACCGCCGGCUCUGGUGCCGUUUCAUACGGCUGCGGCAAUGGAAAUGUAGGCAUGAUCAGCGAAGAUAUAAUGCCCACACCUGAAAUGGCAUACGCCAACGGUUUCGGGCCCGGUUUCGGACCUGGUUUCGGUCCCGGCUUCGGAUACGGCCCUGGAUUUGCCGGACCCAACUACGGUUUGGGACCUGCUGGUUUGGGACCUGCCGGUUUGGGUUUGAAUGGUCUUAACAGAUGUGAAGCAAUUUAA